AUGUUAAAAUGGACGCCGCCGGCUACGAUCGACCAUCUCGGCACGCCACAGACUGAACCAAAAACUGAAAUAGACGCAGCAGCCGCCGAGCGUCAACCGUUGCGUCGCAAGCUCGGCACUGCGCGUCGUCGCCUUGCGUCCGUCGCGUCGCAAAAGCUAAAUUUAAUUAUUUUUAGUCACAGCGCCCGCAGAUUCAAGGUGCUUACAAACCAGCGGUCAAACACUUCAGUUUUUAUUUGGAAUUUCACUCUUGAACAGUUAAAGCGAUGCUCAUCAGCCACCUCAUAUGAAAUAUAA